AUGCUUCUGUUGAAAGUACACAAAUCUGUAACCCAUCAACGUGUCAUCAAUCCUAUUAUUACAGAUAUUUUGCGCUUAUUAGAACACAAAAAUGGCCAGUUGAUUAAACACCAAAAUGAGCCAGAACGCCUAGAAAACUUGGACAAAAUGUAUUUAAGCGACUCCAGCAGAUCAUUCCUCACCGUCGACAUGAAAGCGAUUUUUCUCGUAGUUCCCAUUGCUUCUCUGGCUCUUCUCAGCUCUGGUCAAGGUCACGGGAAUGCGUUCGAAUGCAGGACACCGGAAGGGAGCGAGCUGCAGAGUCACCUUGACAUCAUAGAUGUAUUCUAUCUAGAACUUCGCACCCUUGCCGCUAGAGGUGCAAGUUACCAGGGACAUCCUCUGGGGGAUGGAGGACAGAUGUAUGCUCUCCUAUUUAAUAGCUCCCUAUACGACUUGGCUAAGAGGGAGAUUGAGAAACGCAAGACUUGGUCCAAUCUGCGAGAAAAUAUCGUUCCUCACGGGCAUGGCUUCAAUGCGCAAUACAAAAAUGAGUAUACUCCUGUGAUGGGAUUAGCUGAGCUCAUGAAAAAAAAGAGACCAGUCUUGGAACAGAUGAUAUAUCCAAAUGCGACAGAGUUUGGAUGCGCCUUCAAACUUCUCAAGGAUUCAAAGGAAGUUUGUCAAAUGAGGCUUGUUUGCGUCCUCGACAAAAGGAAUGUGGCUCCAAGUUAUGAACUUGAAGGAAAGCCAUGCAAGACGGAAAAAGAUUGCACUUAUCUAGAAGCUGUGCAAUGUAGAAGUCCCCUGUGCUACACUCACCUAUGA